GCGUGAUUCAUUCAACAAGUAAGAAACCAACCGAAUACAGUGAUUUUUAUAAAGGUGGUUGUAAAAGAAAAACAUAAAAAGGAACUGUUGAGAGUGUUAACUGAAGUGCAGAAAAUUCCGAUCGUGAACAUUUUAGUUUACUUUUUCUUUAUGAAAAAAUAUUGAUUCACUUCUUUUUUUGUCAAAAUGUGCAGUAAAAUUAUUUAUUUAAGUGUGAUUCUGCUUUUGGCUGUAUCAGGAUUCGUUCAAGGUUCCUGCCUAGAAUAUGGUCAUUCCUGUUGGGGAGCACAUGGCAAAAGAUCUACUGGGAAAAUAUAUCGCUCAAUAGAUGGCAGUGAAAGUCAACAAUCAGAAGGAAAACGAGAUGUACAUUUAACACAACAGGACGAGGUUAAACCAAGUCAACUUCUUAAUAUGUUAUUAGAAAGGAACGUGAGAAUAAACCCGGAUGAAACUACAAAUUCACACGACUUCAAUAAUAGAAGAAACCUUGAAGAACUAAAAAUGUUUGAUGAUUCAGAACAGCGACUCAAAAGAAGGCUAAGAAAUGCUUUCCGAAAAGGUAUUAUUUUCCACUAUUCACCAUCAGAUCAGGAGGGAGAAAACAUUCAGAAAAAUCCAAAGGAAUCAUCAAGCAAACUGACAAGACAUCUGAGGCCUGAUCUUGAUGCCACAAAUGAAGAAGAUAAUCAGAUUGAAAACUACCCAAUACUAAACCUGGACAUGGAAUAUCUGGACUUGAAAUGAACCCAAAACUAAGCUUAAAAUAAAUCCCAACCAAACGACCCUCAACAUAUAAAAGCUAAACCAAAUAUUAUAAUUAAAGUCAAGAAUAACACGCACUUAAAUUUUAUCACAAGAUAAACACUGAGCAGAAGGAUUAUAUUUUUAUCAUGAUACAAUUAUUUUAAAAAUUAUAAUAGUUUUGUUUUGUUAAAUUGUGAGAGAUGAAUAUAUUGUAUUUUUAAUUUUUUUUAAAUUAUUUAUUAGUACAAGGCUGGAUGUACUAUUAUAAACUAUAAAUGCUUUUUUGCUAUAGAAACAAAUCAAUAUAAAACAAAACG